AUGAGGAUCAACUAUUGUGCAACAUUCAUUGGGUUUAGCAUAAGUGUGGUUGCAGAAUCUUCACCAAAAGAAGCUGCUCUUAAAGCUGCCAAUAGGCUGAAGGCAACAUGGAUAAUCCUUGACAGGCAGAUGAAAAAAGACAAGAACUAUUUCAUGGAAAGGCUAUCUUGUGGCAUAUAUAGGAUGAAACGCAACAGUUGCGUCGAACUUUUAAGGGAGCCGAAAGUAAACCAAAGAAAUGAUGAAUUUUCAAAUGAAAAUGUAAGCAAGAUCAUAAGGUACAAUGAGAUGAUAACAGGGACAGAGAUAGAACCACUAGCCUCUAAUAUUGUACUUGAAUUUACUGAUGAUGAUGAUGAUUAUGAUGAUGAUGAUCUUUUCAGUGUGGACAUAUCACCACGAGGUUUCAGGAAUUAUGUGGCACAGCAUUCUUCGAUUCAUCUUCAAGAAGAAGAUAAUUACAUGAGCAUUCAAAUAGCAGAAGAGAAUAAAGGGUCAUUGGCUUUCAAGAUGCAGAUCACACAAAAUGAUAAUGAUGACAUCAAAAAACAAGAAACAGAGAAUAAUAAUAUUGCUGAGGAGACACUGAUAUAUGGAUUAGAAUAUCCCAUAUGUAAACAAUGCGGCAACGGAAGACAAAAAAAUGUUUCAGUAAGGGAGUUUACUUAUGCUGAGCUCUACACAGCAACAAAUGGAUUUUCUAAGAAACAUUUCCUAUCUAAGGGAGGAUUUGGAUCUGUCUAUAGAGGAACUCUUACAGACGGCCAAUGUAUCGCUGUCAAGCAAUAUAAACAUGUGAGUUCACAAGGAGAAACGGAAUUCAGGUCAGAGGUUCAUGUUCUUGGCACACUUCAGCACAAAAAUGUGGUCAUGUUACUGGGUUCAUGCUCCGAAGGAAAUCACAGGCUUCUUGUUUAUGAAUAUGUCUGCAAUGGUUCCUUGAAUCAACAUUUAUCAAAAAGCAGCCCAUAUAUUUUGAGUUGGAAACACAGGAUGAAGAUAUUGCUGGGAACGGCAGCAGGUUUGAAUUAUCUGCACCAGAACAACAUAAUCCACAGGGACAUGAGCCCCAACAAUAUCCUUCUAACCCAUGAAUAUGAACCUAUGCUGGGAGAUUUUGGGCUUUCAAGAAAACAACAAGAUCAGUCUUGUUCUUUGUCAGAAAGCAAUGUAGUUGGCACAUUUGGAUACUUGGCACCAGAGUACACAGAACGGGGCAGAGUCUCAACUAAAACUGAUGUUUAUUCUUUCGGAGUUAUCUUACUCGAGGUGAUCACCGGUCGGACUACCAUCAAUAAGAAUUUGGAAGAUAAAAGCCUUGUAGGAUGGGCAAGACCACUUUUGAGAGAAAGGAAAUACCCAGAACUGAUUGAUGAACGAAUUCUCGAUUGUCAUGACCUGCACCAACUGUUUUGGAUGAUUACUGUAGCUGAGCAAUGUCUAAGAAAGGACCCUGAUAAGAGGCCAACCAUGGAAAAGGUGGAAUACAUCCUAAAAUGCACGAUCGAUGGGAAAACAGUUGGUAGCAUUGAUGAUUUCUCCCCACCACACUCUUCAAUUAGCAGCUUGCCAAUGUCAAAUGAUUCACAAGGUGAGCAAGAAACACAGGAGCAGGAAACCCCAAGAUCAGAUAUACUUUCCAACAACAGGUCUCAAACAAGUGAAUCUCUAUCAAUAGCAUCAUCAAUGGUACAGAGUUCCACAUUGCAAAGUACAUCCAUGAGUUCUGAAAGUUCUUUUUCGAAUAAAUUAAAAAGUAUUUUGAAUUUAAGGGCAAAAUCUUCAAGUCAUAAAAUAUUGUAUGAUGAAAUGCUCAAUUAG